AUGGAAACGAAGGUCGAACAAAAGGCGAAAGUGCCAUCGAAGGUGGAAUCGAAGGUGGAAUCGAAGAUCGAUUCGAAGGUGGAAUCGAAGCCAGUAUCGAAAGUGGAACCAAAAGUGGAACCAAAAGUGGAACUCAAGAACGACUCUAAAGUGGAAUCGAAAGUGGAAUCUAAAGUGGAACCUAAGGUUGAAUCGAAGGUUGAAUCAAAGGUUGAAUCAAAGGUUGAAUCAAAGGUUGAAUCGAAGCCAGAAUCCAAAGUGGAACCCAAGAACGACUCCAAAGUGGAACCAAAAGUGGAAUCUAAAGUGGAACCAAAAGUGGAACCUAAAGUGGAAUCUAAAGUGGAACCGAAAGUGGAACCGAAAGUGGAACCCAAGAUCGACUCUAAAGUGGAACCGAAAGUAGAACCAAAAAUUGAGCCCAAGCCGGAUUCCAAGCCGGAUUCCAAGCUUUCCUCGAAGCCAGUAUCGCGUUCCAGCUCUCGCCUCUCCUCCAAGCCUGUUUCCAAGCCUGUUUCCAAGCCAGACGCGUCUCUCAGCUCCGCCAAGCAGUCCCCGGACGCGCCUUCUCUCCGUUCCUCCUCGCGUCCCUCCGCGCGCGCUCCCAAGCCCUCCAACCCCUCUCUCCGCUCCUCCUCGCGCCACGACCCCAAGCCGCUCCCCGCGGUUCCCUCGGCCUCCCCCGCGGCCACCGCUGCGCUCCCUCCGAGCCAACCCGCGGUUCAGCUUCGCGCCGUGCCUGCAAGAGACGCUUCGCGGAUGUCGCCGCUUUCUUUCUCUCCGUCCCUCAUCGAUUCCCUGCCCCCCGCCGUCGACGUCGCCCUCCCCUCCGCGGGGAAGCGCCUCUUCGACCCGCCCGGACCCGCGGGACCCGCGGGACCCGCCGAGGCCCCGCCCGGGAUUUUCCCGCAUCUCUGCGCGUCGGACGCGCGGCCGUCGCCCGCGUCGCGGUCCGACACACCCGCUGCGCGUCGUCCCGCACAGUACCCGCUCUAUUCGCAGCCUCUCUCGCCGAACGCGGCGGAGUUCUGCGUGGCCGCGCAGCCCAAAGAAAACUACACGGUUCCGUCCAUGUUUGCGGGGCAGGGAAUGGUGCAGCAGUCCCGCGGGUCCAUGAGCGGGUCCAUGGGCGGGUCCAUGAGCGGGUCCAUGGGCGUUGCACCGUGGACGGAGAAUUUGUACACGCCGUACGAGCAGCCGAUGCGGACGUACGACUUCGUGAACUACCCGUAUUCGGAUAUGCCGUACUUUGGAUAUCCGUACCGCGAGAUGGAUCACGUGCAUCGACCCUAUCAUCCCAUGGAUGACUACGACGGGCUCGGCUAUAUGAACAUGUCCUACACGCCCAGCACCAUGCGCGGCAAUCGGUCGGAGGGAUUGGGGCCGCAUUCCUACGGAGGGAACUCCCUGCUGCCCUCCGGGCUGGUGGACAAUCCACAUAACUCCAUCUACUUCGAUAGCCGCAUGAAUGAUCCGGCAACGACCCCAUCCCCGACGAUUAUGAAGACGUGCCGCUCACGCUGCGCGACCCCGACAACAUUGUGUUCCCUCCCUCACGCUCGCCCUCCGUUCCUCGGACCUAUCCUCGCAUGAACGACGGACUGGGAUCGCUGCCUUCGGACAAUAGCCGCUAUGGAAGCUACAACAUGCGUCGCGAUCCAAGUGGCGGAUUCUACCCCAUGCACACUUCGUAUUCAAGAACCAUGGAUGAUUCAACCCAUCGAUUCU